AUGUAUCAAAUUGCAAGCAUUUCAUUGGAAAUGGUUGUGAAGAAAGCAGUUUUAACUUUCUGAGAUUUUUUAUUGUCUGCUAAAGACUGGCUGCAGGAAUUUCACUGAUUCAUCUGGUGUUUAUAUAUAUUGUUCCAAUCCCUAUACUGCCUCAGAUUCAUUUAGCAUUGCUUCUCUCAGAGAACCGAUUUCUCAUCCUUUACAUCUGCGCUUUAAAGACAUGAUGUCAGUUUCUGCCGUAGGAUGAGUUUUAAUGGCUCCGUGAUGUGCAUCAGAAAUUAAAUUCCAAGACCAGAAAAAAAAUGGGAAUUUUCCUCCAGGGAACGCAAGAAAAUUAAUUUUCUGUGUUUCAUUUUGGCUUCAGAAUUCAAGCUUGUAAGUGAUGGUGCUGGUCUGAGUAGUGUGAGAGUUUGUGACAAUUGACACUUGGGUUUUCAGGUUCCGUCGGGAGGCAGGCGUGUGUAUUGAUUUCUGAGGCUGCCGUCUUCUGCUCCGAUUCUAGGAUGUUUAUUCAAUAGAGAAGAAGAAUUAUUGAAUGGUUGCUUUCUGGUACAAAAUGAAGCGUGGCUCUGAUGAAUGAUGGGAAACAAACUGUGUGCUCCGUUGCUGAGUAAGAAGCCGUACCGAGAGGACCAGUAUCCAUGGCAACACAGCAAAGACUCCCAUCUUCUCAGAUUGUGGGCCGAGAUUUUUCGAGUCCAUGGCGACGGGGACUACAUGAGAUGGGAGCGAGUGUCGGCUGACGUCGUCCCGAUCAACAUCUCUUGUAUCCAGGACACGCCCUGUACCGUGUUCCAGGUCACCGCCUACAAUAAACACGUGGAGAAAAUCUUUGAUGUCAAAAUCACUCAACCAGGGACCAUUAUCUGCCCCGCCACUGAGAGCUUCGUCCACUGGAGAGACACGACUGAUCGCUGUGAGUGGGGACUGAAUUUCACUACCCCUACCGAUGCCCAGCGGUUCAGGGACUGUUGUACUAACCCCACCCAGAAAUUCUCUCGGAAAGCUAACUCAGCCAGCUCUCUGAGAUUGAGUCCACCCAAGAAGUUGAGGGGGAAGGACCAGUCUAUCUCCUCCCCUAACUCCCCUACACACUAUCACUACCCCAGCAGUCAGCCUGACCUCAGAGCCAGCACCACCCAUCAUCACCCCCACCACCACCCAAGACAUCAACAGGAGGCAGGGACCACCCAACACAGCCACAGGUCAACGUCCGCUCCCCACCAGCUGUCACAUGACCCAUCACAUGGUCAGUCACAUGACUCUCUGACGGACAAGAAGGAGCGAGCGGCCACCAUCCCCCGGGGUCUCACUGAACCUGCCCCGGAGCUUCAGACGUUUAAGCCAAUAGGAAUCCUCAAACCACCAUCGGCUUCCUCCGUUUAUGAUAAUGUGACAGGUGCUGUGGUUCUACGAAAAACAAACAACUCCCAUGAUGCAUCACACAGGAAGUCUAUGCCAGCAGCGGUCUCCUUCGUGGACCACAAUCUGUUAAGUGAAGCGCGACCAGCAUCGGCCAUUCAUUUCACCCACAAGUUUUACCAGACUCAGGAGAGGGAAGAUUUCCGCCCAGGAAACUCUGCUCGGAGCAGUGACAGAGGGGAGAUCUCAAAAAAGUCCACCCGGCCUGUCCACAUAGAGACCGCUUUUAUUGGAGACAAUUCUUCUGUGACCUUCAAAGAGGAUCAAGGUCAUCAGGUUUCAUACAUUGACACCUCUACGAGGGUUGUGGCACCAAAACCAACGCGACCUGAUCCUAGUCACCCUGGUGCUUCCUCUGAGUUCACACAAGGUCAUACAGGUGAAGAGGUCAGAUCAUCACCUUUGACCCCUGGAGCAGAGGGUCACCAAUCUUCUCUGUGUGAAAAAAGAGAACAGGAGACUGAAAAUUUUCAGGGGGAACAUUUGAGUGAAGGAGAGAAUUACGGAACAUCAGGGCCGGUCUACAGAGUGUCUGUGAGCGCUACAGGGGUUAACGGUGCUCUAACUGUCUCCAGGUCAAGGUUAUCUGCAUCCUCCUCGGAGUCCCCAGAAUGGCCUUCACCUCCAGAACCUUUGACCCCCAUGACCCCGCUUACCCCUGACUGUCAGGUGGAGUUUGACAGUGACGUGUUAAAGCGUAUGUUACAGUCGCUACCUGUGUCACCCGAAGACCCAAACACCAUGGAUCACGGUUUCCAUGACGAUCCCAAUGCGUCGCCCAAAUCUAAAAAAUCCGGACUGGCUCGAGCAAAGAGCCUAAAUACACAUGAUAGAGUGAAGAAACAGAAAAAUGAAAAUCAAACCUCGAAAAAAGGGGAUCAAAGUCGGACGAGUUCUUACUUUAACAACAACAAUAAUUCGAAGUCUCGACAGACUCGGCUCCUGAUCGAGGAGGAGCUGAGGUUACGAGACAAGUGUGUGCGGGACAGUUACGGAGCGGAGAGCUAUCCGGACAGCGGGAUAGGCGGAAUGUCCGUGGAGAAUGCUGGGAGUGUCUGGUCAGGAAACAGGCUAGAGGUCAAUCCCUCGACUACAGGGGCUGGGUCGUCUGGAGCCAGUAGUCGUGGCAGCAGUAGCAGUGGUCGUCAUAGCGACCUGAUCAAUCAGCUUGGUGACACCUCUGAACUGCGGCAGUACAACCCCACAGAGCUGUGGGAGGAUGAUGGGGCGGAGAGUGACGAUUCUAUCCACACGAUGACCGAGGCUGAAGCCCGAGUUUGUCACCGACAGAGUGGGGCCAUCAGAAAGGCAGGAUGGCUGGUGGUCAAGAAUUGGCUGGUUCACAGGAAGAGGAAGUUGGAGCUGGCUCCGCGCAGGAAGUGGAAGCGUUACUGGGUGUGUCUGAAGGGGACGGUGCUGUUGUUCUAUGACUGCAGCGAGGAAACGGCGGUAACCGAGGACAGCAUACCACGACAUAUACUUGUGAUAGAGGGUGCUAUUGCCCAGGCAGUUCCUGAGCAUCCAAAGCGAGACAACAUCUUCUCGGUCAGCACUGCGUUUGGCGAUGCCUAUCUAUUUGAGGCGACAUCACCAAUGGAACAGGAGAGUUGGAUCUGUGCCGUCCAUUCAGCCUGCGCUUCAUCGUUCGCUCGGCAACAUGGGAAGGACAACACGCUUCGACUGAUGAAGAAAGAACUUCACAAACUGGAGACAAAUAUUGAUGUUGACCUGAAGAUGAGGAAGAUGGCAGAGCUUCAGCUGACAGUGGUCACCGAUCCUCGAAGUCGGACGGCAAUCAUCCGACAGAUCGCCCAAUGGGAGGAGAAUCUGGAGAAGUUAUUUAUAGAACAGUACCGGUUCCGCUGCUACAGCGCCUCACUGCAAGGAACAGAGCUCCCCAACCCCAAGGUGCUGCUGGGUAGUGCUUCCAAGACGACCAAGUCGACCCUGGGUCGCCUUGGGGUGUUCACCGUGACCUCAUUCCAUGCUCUGGUAGCCGCGAGGAAACCCCUGACUGUCCCAAACAUCUACGGGAGGGGGAAGCACCAGGGAGGGAUGCUCUCCCCGCGAGGGGACGGGACAUUCCGGUACCACAGGAAAACUGUCCACAACCACAGUCCAGAUACUCACACGGUGUACAAGGCUACAGACAUUGACGAGGUGGUCGCUGAUCUAUACAUGGACAGUCCCGAGAAUCUGUCCAUCGUGUCAGACCCAGGCUCUCUCUCCGAGACCGUGGCCCUGCCCAAUAAUCAGACUCUGUUGGUGAAGGUUAACAAGCAGAGUACGGCCCAGGAUCUAUUGGAGUCGGUCUGUAACAAACGACAGCUCGACCCGCUGGACCAUUACGUACGCAUUACGCAAUCUGACACGCCCCCCAAUACUUACAUAGUGCUGGACCCCAAAGAUAACAUCAAAAACAUGAAGUACGAGUCGAUCGAGGUUUGUCAGAAGUCCGUCGUACAGUUACAUCUGACCAAGUCCCCGGGAGAAACGGAGUUUGGUUUUACGGUGGAGGCGGAGCUAGCGGAGGAUUUUGACAAGGACGAUGAGCUCCGCCUGUAUGUCAGUCAGGUGACCCCCGGGAGUGUGGCACACAAAAGUCUGCUUAGCGUGGGGGACGAGAUUCUAGUCAUUAACAGUAAAAUUGUCUCAGACCUGGACAUGGUCUACAUAGAAACCCUGCUCCACGAGUCCAAGUCUCUAGUCGUCACGGUCCGCUCACUGCGAACCAAUCACUGCCCGGCCGCCGUCACAGGCAGCCAAUCAGAAAUCAGCAACAUGAUGUGUCCUCCUCCACCCUCUCAGUCUCGUAUCCCGGAGAAAGUCAUUGAAAAUCUCACUGUGCCAUCACCCAAAGAAAACUCCAACCAGGAUGAAGUGGAUUGUCUCCGUAAACCUGGUUCCCUGCCCGAUUUAGCUGGUCCCCAGAUAGAUCAUCUGAUUAAGAAUGCAGAGCAGGUGACGGCCAUUUGUCGGACAGGAAGUGAGCCGAGUGUUUUAGAUAGCCACGUCCAUCAUAACUGUAAACCUCUGUCUGAGGCCCAGAAACUACGCAAAGUCAUAAUGGAGCUCAUCGAAACCGAGCGUGCUUAUGUCAAGGACCUGAACUGUCUGACGGAGCAGUACCUGAUCCCCCUACAGUCCGCAACCUUCCUGACCUCCGGCGAGAUCCAACAGUUGUUUGGGAACAUCCAGGAGAUUGUGACCUUCCAGCAGCAGUUCCUGAUCAGCCUGGAGGAGGCCAUUCAGCUGGAGGGGGACUUCUUCCAGACAGAGGACCCCAAGGUCUUCAGGUUCUGGAUUCCAAUCAAGCACCGAGUUCGUAGAGUGCUUUUCUCCCUGGGUGGAUCCUUCCUGUAUUACGCCAACCACUUCAAGGUCUACAGCUCGUUCUGUGCAAGUCACAGCCGAACUCAGAAAAUACUCAACCCAGUGGCUAACGAUGCGUUGAAGGCGUUUCUACACUCACGAAAUCCCGAGCAGCAGCACUCGGCCACACUCGAGUCGUACCUCAUCAAACCCAUCCAGAGGAUACUCAAGUACCCCCUCCUACUGCAGCAGCUGUGUUACCUGACCGACCCAGAUACUGAUGAACAUCAUCACCUCUCAGAGGCCAACAAAGGAAUGGAGGCUGUGGCGGAACAUAUCAACGAGAUGCAGAAAAUCUUUGAGGAGUACGGCACAGUGUUCGAUGAGCUGUGUAAGGUGUUCCGAGAGACUUACCCCCACAAACAGGCGGUGGACCUGAGUGUGGGUGAGCUACAGAUGUAUGGUACGGUGGAGUGGUGUAAUUUGUGCGACAGCCUCGGCAAGAUCAAGAAAGGACUCGAGCUGGAGAACAUCGUGUUUGUGUUCAGGUCUGGCGUUGUGUUCGUCUGCCGCGAGAAAAUCAGGAAAAAGGUCAAAGCCAAGGACAGAAAAAGCGUAACUGAGGUGUUUGAAUCCCAGGAAAGAUUCCGGACGGUCAUUCCCGUACAGGAAGUCCAGGUGCUUUCUGGGAAGCUCGGGGAUAUGGACAACCAUUACUGGUGGGACCUAAUUCACAGUCGCUCAGACAAAGAGGGGCGCCCAGAGAGGGUGUACCAGUUCUGUAACAGCUCUACAGAAGCAAAGACUGAUUUUAUGAAGAUAAUUCGCCAAACAAUUCGUGAAAGUGUUCGUAAGAUGGGGUUACCUAAUGGAAGCCAAGUCAAAAAAACUUAUGUUCCCUAUGGAGGGAAACGCUUGGAGUCCUUGAGCUCCAACAACCGAACUCUCAGCAAGAAAAGGGGAGGUAAAUCUAGCCAGUGUAGUGAGCCUGACAGGCACUCGCUUGAGUUUGAGGAAACGGUGACGUUAAUUGACCAAGCAGACUCGGGGUUCAGGACUCGAAGUAAGACCCUGGGCGAUCUGACGGACGAUGACAACCUGGAGGAGGCUGGACCAGUAAGUAGACCCGCCCACUCGACAGCUGAUGGCUCCGCCCAUUGUAGCUCUGAUAGGCAGAGUGUAAGUUCUUCCAACUCGAGCUUGAGCGUGUCGAGUCGAAACUCGGCUAAGCUCACUCAGGCCAGUGCUAAUCCUGUUAAAUUUACCAGCAACGUUCCGUCGGAGGUUAUUAAUUCUCCCGUGUGGAAGCCGCGGAAUGAAUCUAAUGUAGUGUAUAUCAAAGAGAGACUGACGGCGGUGAACUCUACUAACCCUGAUAGUGUCCCCAGUGACAGAGUAGAUAAUGUCCCCCUCGCUAAGGACACGCCCCCCUUGUCCCUACCCUCAGUCCAACUCAAGGAUACUGAGUGCUGAACUGUGGGCCCAACCCCCCCCCCCCCCCCCCCCCCCCUCCCCCCAAAACCACUCAGUUUUUUAGUCCAUGUCAUUUGUACUUGUUCUUGAAUUUUUUUUCUGUAAAAUUUGCACCAUAUCAAAGUUGGAUACCGCUUUUAUGUGUUUUGUGCACACCUUUGCAAUAUUUAUCUAAUCUGUUUUGUGAUGAAACGUUUUAUUGUAUGAAUUAAUGUCAAAUGUUUUACAAGUAUUUUUGAUCAAUCAAUGUUCAAACGUUAGAUCAAAAGUAAGGUGCAAUAUAUUUUAUGAACUCCAUAUACAUGUACAUAGGAUUGAGAGCACUUCAUUCAAACAUACAUGUACCUAAGUCAUAUUGACUAGUGUUGAUGAGAUGGGAAUUAGGUGUUAGUGUGUAUUCAUUAUUCAGCCAAAUAACUCAGAGUUCUGUGCCAAAUUUGAUGAAGCUUUUAUAGGGAUGCUGCAUCACUCACUUAUUAAUAAACAGGUCUAAACCCGCUAUCUCAAGUCGUAAGGCCCAAGUCUUAUAACCUCCGUGUCUGCUGAAUGUUAAUGGAUUUUCCCCACAAAAUCUCGGGAGUUUACACUGUAUAACUAUAUUAAUAUUAUCAUGGCCAUAGAUUCAGCACACUUCUGUCCUCUUUUUCUCCUGUUUUUUUUUCAAUUAGAUAUUGUAAAUUAAAAUUGAAAUGAACAAAAUGAUUUCUGAUCUGAAUGUUAUGACCUCUGUCAUCUUAUGCUUCUCUUUACUUUAUCAUUACAGUCAUUUGUGUAGCUCUCCUGUCAGUGAAGGUAAUUUAGUACUUUGUAGUGAACAGCAUUAAUUUUUCUUUUUGCAACAAAACCUGCAAGAUUUGUCUCCCCCCUUAACACUGCUUGAGAUUUUUGUUUUAGACGUAGAUUUUACGAGAGAAAAAGGUCAAUAACUCUUACACGCAAACUUGGAAUUGCAUAUUACAUUGUUUAUUUUUUUUUUUUUAGGAUAAUUUUAUCAAAAUUUAUUUUCUGGGGUGAGGGUGCAUGUAUUGAUUUAAGAUAAUGCAUGAUCAAACGUGUCAAAAUUCAGUGACAAAAGUGAACAUUGUGCACUAAUAAAGCCAGUCAUGCAUGACUCUGUAGCUGUUUUAUAGAUAUCAAUGACCCAAGAAUCAUCAAUUUAUAGUGGAUAUCAUUUAAAGAAUAUUUCAUUUUGAAUGCUACUUACUUCAAAUUAAAAUUUGAGUCUUCAAACAUAAGGUUAAUAGGUCUUUUCUCAUGAAAUAGCUGUAUGACUUUUCAUUUCAUUUAAACGUUUCAUAAUUUUUGAUCAUCAUAUUCACAUGGUCAUAUUCCAACUCUUGAGAAAAUGUGUCCGCCCCGACUACCGUAUUUACUUUUCCUCUCCCCAUACAAACCCUCAAACACAGAUAUGGGACAUGUAUCCAACAGAUAGCUGUAUACCAAGAUGGCUGACCUUAAUUAAUUGUACCUUAUGUUUCAUUAUUGUAUACAAAUCCAAUUUAUCAUGCAUAUGGAAUGUCGAUCUUGGGCUUUGAUUAAACGAACCAUAGUACAUUGUACUAGUGUUGAGUUUUCCUUGACUUUAGCAGGGACUGUGCAAUAAUGGGCAUGCUUGUUUGCUAACAAUCUGAGUCUGAGUAGAUUAUACUGGUGGUGUGUAGUUAUUUUUAUACUCCACGUUAGACUGUUAUAUAAUGCUUUAGAGCUGUACUGUAUUAUAAAUGACAUGUCUGUGAUGUGUAGAGUCAAAAUAAUGUGUCAUCGAUAUCAAGCAUCAAGUUAUACAUAAAUGGUGAUGACUACAUUUCUAUUCAUACUGCUGUAAAAAAAUAUAGUGAUUUUUUUAAUGAUGAAAUUGUCAAAGUUAGGAGAUUGCUCUGUUUUACUAGAAAAUCAACGAAAUGGGAUGAAGAUGAGUUACAUGUAUUACAUAUCUGAUUUCUGUUCCAAAGUUUAUAUUCUGAAUGUUUGGCUGAGAUGUCCAGUAUGGUACAGUGCUUCAGGUUUUCAAUGUAUUGCUUUGUCUUUCUACCCUAUCCAUAGACAGAGUUGGGGGAAUAACUUGGGACACAUCUAACUAACCGUUCUGACCAGAGAAACCGGCUCAGCGUUUCUGUGUUUGGACCAUGUGGAUCAUGGGACAAGAAACUGACUCCGUCUGUUAUGGAGUUGUUAUCAUCACGGAAUCACGGAAUUCAUGAUUAUUUAUGUAUCGUAACUUGGUCAUCAUAUUACAUUCUGUAACUUGGUCAUCAUACUACAUUCUGUAACUUGUUCAUCAUAUUACAUUCUGUAACUUGUUCAUCAUGUUACAUUCUGUAACUUGUUCAUCAUAUUACAUUCUGUAACUUGUUCAUCAUAUUACAUUCUGUAACUUGUUCAUUAUGUUACAUUCUGUAACUUGUUCAUUAUGUUACAUUAUGUAGCUUUUUCAUCAUGUUACAUUUUGUAAAUCAAAAUUAUCAUAUUACAUUUGCAACAUGUUCAUCAGGUUACAUUCUGUAACUUGUUCAUUAUAUUACAUUCUGUAACUUGUUCAUUUUGUUACAUUCUGUAACUUGUUCAUUACUUUACAUUUUGUAAUUUGUUUUUGAAUUGCCUGAAUGUGCAAGAGCUGAUCUAUUUAUUAUAUUAACUGUUACUGAGUGUUACUAUGACGAUAAUGAUGAUAUAAAGUUUGUAAACAACACUGUUAUAUAUAUGUUGUUAAUUAGGUCACUGUCAAAAAUAAACAACAAAAACCAU